GGUGCAUCGGACUGGCCGGGCCAUGGAGGCGCGCGAGGACGACGCGUGGCCGCGGGCCAGCUCGGAGCUCAUCCUGCUGCCCGUCACGGGCCUGGAGUGCGUGGGGGACCGGCUGCUGGCGGGUGAGGGGCCAGAUGUCCUCAUCUACAGUUUGGAUUUGGGUGGACAUCUGCGGAUGAUGAAGAGAGUGCAGAACCUGCUUGGCCACUACCUUAUCCAUGGGUUCCGGGUGCGACCAGACCCCAAAGGAGACCUUGACGUGGAGGCCAUGGUGGCCGUGUUUGGAAGCAAGGGGCUCCGAAUUGUGAAAGUCAGCUGGGCAGAGGGCCGCUUCCGGGAGCUCUGGCGCUCGGGCCUGUGGAACAUGUCUGACUGGAUCUGGGAUGCACACUGGCUGGAGGGCAACAUAGCGUUGGCCCUGGGCCACAACUCGGUCGUGCUCUAUGACCCCGUGGUGGGCUGUGUCCAGCAGGAGGUGCACUGCACAGACAGGUGCACCUUAUCCUCAGCCUGCCUAAUUGGAAACUCCUGGAAGGAGCUGACCAUAGUAGCAGGUGCUGUUUCCAACCAGCUCCUGAUCUGGUACCCGGCAACGGGCACGACAGACAAACCAGUGGCCCCCGACCGACGGGUCAGCGGGCACGUCGGUGUCAUCUUCAGCAUGUCAUACCUGGAAAGCAAGGGCUUGCUGGCCACCGCUUCCGAAGACCGAAGUGUUCGCAUCUGGAAGGUGGGUGACCUGCGAGUGCCUGGGGGUCGGGUGCAGAACAUUGGGCACUGCUUUGGACACAGUGCCCGGGUGUGGCAAGUCAAGCUCUUAGAGAAUUACCUGAUCAGCGCAGGAGAAGACUGCGUCUGUCUGGUGUGGAGCCACGAAGGGGAGAUCCUCCAGGCCUUUCGGGGCCACCAGGGUCGUGGGAUCCGGGCCCUGGCUACACAUGAGAAACAGGCCUGGGUGAUCACGGGGGGCGAUGACUCGGGCAUCCGGCUGUGGCACCUGGUUGGGCGUGGCUGUCCUGGUUCGGGGGUUUCAUCUCUUGGCUUCAAGUCCGAAAGCCGGCCAGGAUUCCUCAAGGCUGUGACCCUGGCCGGUUCAUGGCGUCUGCUGGCAGUGACUGAUAUCGGGACUCUGUACCUCUAUGACCUGGAGGUCAAGUCCUGGGAGCAGCUUCUGGAGGAUAAGCGCUUUCAGUCCUACUGUCUGCUGGAGGCAGCCCCGGGUCCGGAAGGCUUCGGACUGUGCGCCAUGGCCAACGGGGAGGGUUGGAUCAAAGUCAUCCCCAUUAACACUCCAGCUGCAGCUGUGGAUAUCGCCCCGUUCAAUGGCAAGGUGCACAGCCUGAGCUGGGCCCUGCGUGGCUAUGAGGAGCUCCUGCUCUUGGCAUCGGGCCCUGGAGGGGUGGUGUCUUGCCUGGAGAUCUCAGCCGCGCCCUCUGGCAAGGCCAUAUUUGUCAAGGAGCGCUGCCGGUACCUGCUGCCUCCCAGCAAGCAGAGAUGGCACACCUGCAGCGCCUUCCUGCCCCCAGGCGACUUCCUGGUGUGCGGAGACCGUAGGGGCUCUGUGUUACUUUUCCCGUCCAGACCCAAUCUGCUCAAGGACAUGGGGCUCGGAGGAGGCGGCAGCGGUGGCGGAGGUAAGUUUAGCAAUGGCACUCCUCCGGCCCUCGGCUCUAGUAAGAGUAGCAGUGGCGGAAACUUGGAGGACAACUCGGAGGAGUGGGGCCCUGUGUCCACUCUUCCUUCUCUGCACGGGAAGCAGGGUGUGACCUCGGUCACCUGCCACGGGGGCUACGUGUACACUACAGGACGUGAUGGCGCCUACUACCAGCUCUUCGUGCGAAGUGGCCAGCUCCACCCGGUCCUCAGGCAGAAGUCCUGCCGAGGAAUGAACUGGGUAGCUGGCCUCCGCAUGAUGGCUGACGGGAGCACAGUCAUCCUGGGUUUCCAUGCCAAUGAGUUUGUGGUGUGGAGCCCCCGGUCGCACGAGAAACUGCACAUCAUCAACUGUGGCGGAGGGCAUCGCUCCUGGGCCUUUUCUGACACGGAGGCGGCCAUGGCCUUCGCAUUCCUCAAGGACGGAGAAGUCAUGCUGUACCGGGCUCUGGGGGGCUGCACCCGACCCCAUGUGAUCCUCCGGGAGAGUCUGCAUGGGCGUGAGAUCACUUGUGUGAAGCGUGUGGGUACCAUCGCUGUGGAGCCUGAACCUGGGGUGCCCAGCUUAGAGGACGCUGACUUCAUGGAAUCUGGCAAUGAAGGACCUGGCCUGACCGACAUUGUGAUCACGUGCAGCGAGGACACGACGGUGUGUGUCCUGGCUCUCCCCACCGCCACGGGUGCGGCUCACGCCCUGACGGCCGUGUGUAACCACAUCUCCUCUGUGCGUGCCCUGGCGGUGUGGGGCGUUAGCUCCCCGGGGGGCACUCAGGAUCCUCGGCCCGGGCUUACUGCGCAAGUGGUGUCUGCGGGGGGCCGAGCUGAGAUGCACUGCUUCAGCCUCAUGGUCACACCAGAUCCUUGCACACCCAGUCGCCUCGCUUGCCAUGUCAUGCAUCUCUCGUCCCAUCGGCUAGAUGAGUACUGGGAUCGGCAGCGCAGUCGGCAUCAGAUAGUCAAGGUUGAUCCCGAGACCAGGUACAUGUGCCUUGCCGUGUGUGAGACCAACAAGCCUGGUCUUGGCCCUCUCUUGGCUGCAGCCUGUAGUGAUGGUGCAGUGAGGCUCUUUCUUCUCCAGGACUCUGGGCGCCGGCUGCAGCUCCUGGCGGAAACCUUUCACCACAAACGCUGUGUCCUCAAGGUCCAUUCGUUCACUCAUGAGAUCCCCAACCAGCGCCGGAGGCUCUUCCUGUGUAGCGCCGCCACAGAUGGCAAUCUGGCCUUCUGGGACCUCACCACUGUGCUGGAUCACGGCUCCACCGCCCUGGAGGCUCCAGCAGAGCCUGGGCUACCCCUCCGGCUGCGUAACCCUUGCCUAACUGUUGAGGCUCACAGCUGUGGUGUCAACAGUCUGGACACCAUGCCCACAGAGGAGGGCCAUCUUGUGGCUAGUGGCAGUGAAGAUGGUUCUCUCCAUGUCUUCACGCUGGCUGUGGAAAUGCCAGAGCAGGGAGAGGCUGUUGGGGGUGCUGACGUGGCACCCCGGCUGCUUGUACGCGAGGAAUAUUCUGUGCCCUCUGCACAUGCUGCCCACGUCACGGGCCUGAAGAUCCUCAGUCCCAGCCUCAUGGUCUCGGCUUCGAUUGACCAGCGGCUGACCUUCUGGCGCCUGGGGCAGGGUGAGCCCAGCUUCAUGAACAGCGCCGUCUACCACGUACCAGAUGUGGCCGACAUGGACUGCUGGCCUGUGAGCCCGGAGUUUGGCCACCGCUGUGCUCUGGGUGGCCAAGGGCUCGAGAUUUACAACUGGUAUGAUUGAUGUGUUCGUAUUGGCUGGGAUACUGGGCAUCGGGUCUGCUUGCAGGAAAUGUAGCAGGACCAAGAGUACCCGAACCAUGUGCCUUCAGGUAAAGUGGCAGCAGCCAUAGGUUUCUGGCCUUAGAGCAGGCGCUAGAGGUGAGUGGAGAACUGCCUGUGCAGACCAAGGACAUGUCCCAUUCCCCAUAGCAAGACAGUUUUUUUUUAAAAAAGGCAAUUUAUUUGGGAUAGCAAAAACCUGUGGGUCCUUCUCCCCCUCCUAGUGGGUGACUUUGUGAACAUUCCCAGUUACAGGAUCCUCUGUGGCCUUAAAUAUGGCUUAGUGGAGGGAGGCCCAGCAUGGCCAGGCCAGUGUGGAGCACUUCACGCACAGCCUGCAAGAGUUGUAGACGAGCAAACAUUUGACCAAACAGGUGUGGUCGUGGCUCCUAGGAGAGAAGGGGCCUUACCCAUGCUGGUCUCCUCUGUCUCCCUGGCAUCCCCUGCAUCUCCCACACAGACCCUCCUCCGCUGUGCUGGCUUACCCCUAGGAUGUGUACACGAUUGUAGUAGGAGCUGAAAUCCAUGCUGAGUUGCACCAGGAAUUUGCACACCUAGAGACAGAGAGUCACUAGCCUGUUGGCUUUUGUGUCCCUGACCAAAAUAAAGACUAUUUAGUGCGUAGUGUC